GUCAUCGUCUGCACUGCGGCCAGGUGCAACGUCGGCGCUUAUCUGUACCGCCGUUUGAAAUGCGCUCUUGCUGGGGUCGGUGAUUGGUCCUCAUUUUGAUUGUAUCUUGCCGAACCCUGGCUCGGCAACAACAACCUGGCGAGCCUCUUGCGUCACCGACUGUGAACACAGCCUGCAACUUCCUCACACUGUCAAUGAUCGACUACAGGGCUUACUAUCGCCGGGUUCCCUGAUUUCCUGCGUGCGCUGGUCGCCCAGCGUCUUCUGCAUCAUCACAUAUCUAUCGCCGCCCAGCUGGACUGAAACCUCACGUCUCAUACCUCACAACUUUUCUUGAGAUUUCGUUCUCUGUACAUUGCAUGCACCGCUGUUGUACAUCUCGCUUUCAGGAUGCGCUGUUCCCCUAGCACCGGCUGGGCUGGCCAGUACCUAUGCGCUGCGCUUCUUCUCUCCACUGAAAUCCCUCUCGUAACAGGGCUUCACCACAUGGCUGUCAAAGCACCUCGCAAGCUAAACAAACGAAAGUUGGACAUCACUCCACUGCUAGUCACGAACAAUUGUAUGGAAGACAUAUGGCCAGGAAUCUCAACCCAGUCCGGGAAUGGACCCGAACUCAAUGGCUUCAAGCUCUCGCCUGGAGAGACCAAAAACCAGACGGUGUCGGAGGAUUGGCAGGGUCGAGUAUGGGGCAGGGCGAACUGUAGCUUCAAUGAUGAUGGGAGUGGACCUGCCAACGGGCAAGGCAAAGCUUGCUAUUCAGGCGACUGCAACGGUGUCCUGGACUGCAAGGUCGGGGGUGACGUUCCUGUUUCGCUUGCCGAGUUCACAUUGGACGCGGGCGACGGUCACACCUACUAUGAUAUUUCCUUAGUCGAUGGCUACAAUCUACCCAUAGCAAUGGUACUCCAGCCCCUCGAAAACGUCACGCUAGAUGACAUUCCACCGAACCUGACAAAUCCUUCCUGUCAAGGUACCUCCGGUCUCCUGGAACCGCAAGGCUACGAUCCAUACCCCGAUCACCCAAGUUUUCUCAGGACGAACACUUCAUACCCUCUCCCUUGGGAAGGACAAGUCGACCAAAAGAAGAUCUCUCGAUGGUGCCCCUGGGAUCUACAGCAGACUCCUCCUGAUAAGCCUGGUGAUGGCGUCUACCCGUAUCCUGACGAUAACAUCCAGCGACCGUCCUUCAAUCCCUGCUUCUCAGCCUGUGCCAAAAACAACAGACCCGAGGACUGCUGCACUGGGGAGUACAACUCCGCUAGCAAGUGUCGCCCUGGUGAUUAUUCGAAGAACGUCAAGGAAGUCUGUCCAGACGCGUACAGUUUUGCAUUCGACGAUCAAACUUCGACAUUCAUCAUCCCCUCGGGCGCCGGUUUUGAAGUGGUAUUCUGUCCAGGCGCACGCUCGACGAACAUUUUGGAUACAAGUAUGGCUGAGAUGCAGCAGCUUUCACAGCAAGGAAAAGUCGACCACCAGAAAGUCAAGAUGAUGAUGGAGAGGAGGCAGGAGAUGUUCAGGAGAGAUUAUGAAGCGCCAGGCCUCUUUUCCAACUGGUUCUCAUUUUAA